AUGGCGGCGGCGGGGGGCGAUGGCGGCGCGGGGCCGGCGGAGGACGCGGGUGCCGAUGGAGGCGGCGGCCCGGCCCCGGCGGCCACCCCGGGUCGCGCCCAGGUGUUCGCCACCGUGGUGGACACGUUCCUGGAGAAGCUGGUGGCCGCCGGGAGCUACCAGAGGUUUGUCAACUGCUACCGCUGUUUCUACAAGCUGCAGCCCCAGCUGACCAAGAGCAUUUAUGAUCAGUUCAUCUCCCAGCUGCAGGCGUCCAUAAAGGAGGAGAUCCAGGAGGUGAAAAAUGAAGGGAAUCUGGAGGGACUCUUCAGUUCACUGGAUAAGAUCGUGGAAGAGGCGAAGGACCGGGAAGAGCCAGCGUGGCGGCCCAGCGGGAUCCCGGAGGACGACGUGCGCAGCUCCAUGGUGCCCUACCUGCUGAAACAUCGCUCCCACCUGCGCAGAGUCCUCAGGGAGAAGGAGGAGGAGAACAGGAAGGUGGCUGAGUCCGUGCUGAUGGGGAGGGACAGGAUUGCAGAAUUGCAGCAGCUGAUCCAGGCUCGCCAGCAGGCCUGGCAGGCAAUCAGUAAGGAGCACCAAGAACUCAUCAUGACGUUCCAGGAGCCCCAGUGAGGCUGCAGGAUGUCCCAAGGGCUCUGCUGAGACAGUUCAUCAUCCCAAAGCACUGAUGGGACAAGGUGUGAGCAGAACCUGAACUGAGAACCACCCUGUCAGGCCACUGGAGACUGCAGAGGGACUGAAAUGGCUGCUGGACUGGCACAGUUUGAUCAGAUUUGGUGCAGAAACAAAAAAGACAUCGGGAUCUUUGGAAAAGGAUGGCAAUUCCAUAUUUCCUACUCAGCUAGGUAUAGAGUGUCACAAAGUGUGUCAGUGCUCUCAUCUGCUUCACUCAGUGCUGUGACAGGCCUGAUUCCAGUUUCCACAUGAGGGGUUUUGUAGCUGUUUCAGCUGUGCAUUAGACACAGUUCAGUGCCUUGAGCCCCCUGGGCUGUGCCCAGGCCUGAGGAGCCUGAGCAGGAGCACACACAUCUGAGGGUGGGUGACAGCCAACAUUCCUGCCUGUGCUUGCAGGUUUAUUCAGUCUCCACGUCUCCAAACCGCUGCAGAUGUGGCAGCAGCUGCUGCACCAAGUUCCUUGUUCCCAUUCAUUCUGUUCCCCAAGUUAUUGUCUAGCCCUGGUGCCCUCCCAGCAGCCUGAGGCAUCCAGGGGUCUGUGCAGAAGUUGGAAUGGCCCUGCCUCCACUUUGUGGGCUUGUGGCACGGGGUUUAAUGUUGUUUUGUUGAACUUUGUAGAAGCAGACUGGUUUUCCCCACCCAGAGUUUUCUGUUACUGCCUCAUCGGAAGUUUGUGGGCGGGGGAAGCCACGGCUCCCAGGAUCUCCCUGGCAGAGGGAUGGGUGCCUCCAGCAGGAACAGGUUGUCCCCCUGCACCUGAUGAGAACUUGAGAGAGGUUCUGAGUCCAACAGCCUCUGAGGGCAGCAGGUUCUGUGGUCUGCACCCCAAGGAGAGGCCUGGGACAAACUGGGGAGCAGGAGCAGCCACCACGCCCCAACCUCUGUUUGCAAUUAGAGCCCGUGGCAGAGCAGCUGCAACCAUUUCCCCUCUGCCUCCCCUUGCUGUGCUGGAAUCUCAAUAAAUUGGAGCUGUUGUUCCCAGCUUGGCUCCCA